GUAGAUUUGAGCUUCCGGUCAGUUUUUAAUGCGAUAUUAGUUUGUAGUUUUAUAAUUCCGGGUACCAGAUUCAUGAGCCAAUAACCCUGUUCCGCAGUGAUGCGAGAAUUUCAGAAAGGAGGAGUAAUUCAUUUUCUAACUGUGUAACCGGCCACCGGCUUAGACGGUUAUUCGGUAGCUUGUUCCUCUUGGCCGGCCUUGUUGUUGUGGCGGUGGGAACCGUGUGAAUCGGCCUCGGCUUGUGUCAAAAACACAGGUUGUUGUUUCCAAUAAGAACGCGGAAGGACUGCCCACUUCUCCUUCAGUACGGUGCUAGUGUUCAAAUCAAUUUUAAUAUGUGUUUAACAUAAAUCGAAUACCUCGUUUAAAUACAUCGUUUUUAUCUAUCAAUUUAGCAACACGGUGGUGAGGUAGCGAAGAUGGGGUUGGAUGAGGUCCUUCUACAAGGUACCUUGGCAAUGAGGGAUGACAGGAACAUGAGCUUUUACUGUCCAAAUGGUUCGGUGUGGGUGUGGGUCGGACUUGGGGAAUGUGCUCAAGAUGCUCGCGACAUGGCUAGCGUCUCCCUGGGCCUACUGUCCAUUGUGUGCUUCAUGGCGUCUCUUGGGCCGCAGUGCUACAAAUCAUAUCGCACUGGGAAUAUGGAUAGUGCCCUGUCUGUCUGGUUCCUUCUGUUGUGGCUAGCUGGGGAUAGCUGCAACCUAAUUGGCUCCUUUCUAGCCAAUCAACUGCCACUUCAGUGCUACACUGCAGUGUACUAUGUGAUGGCUGACCUGACAACACUGGCCAUGUACAGUUAUUUUAAGGCAAAGAAUUCUGGAUUUAGCAACAGGCUCCUGCUGAAUGCUGUGGGGGUCCUCAGCCUGGCUGGAGUCUCUGCCUUCUCUCUCCCAGUAGUCAGCCCACAGGUUGACGUUGUACAACAAGGGUUCAAAGGUCGAUCCCUGCUGUUUGUUCAUGAAGACAGCAGCUCCAUAAAGCCCUUCAGCACCAAGGAGAUCAUUGGCUUUACAGUUGGCUCAGUGUCGUCAUUGCUGUACCUGUCUUCGAGAAUUCCACAGAUUGUCACCAACUUUAUCAGGAAGUCAACGGAGGGGGUGUCCUACUUCCUGUUUGCUCUGGUCAUCCUGGGAAACACUACAUAUGGACUGAGCGUGCUGCUGAAGAACCCCGAUCGUAGCCGUGGGGAGGGCGAGGCUAGCUAUAUGGUCCACCAUCUGCCCUGGCUCAUUGGCAGCCUGGGAACUCUCUUCCUUGACCUGGUCAUCACUGUGCAGUUCUUGAAGUAUCGCAGAUCUCCAGUAAUGACAAAACCAGAUGAAAGGGCUCCUCUCCUGGAGAACAUAUAAUAUCUACAGCAUGUAGCCACGUGUGCUGAAUGGGCCCGUGCUCACACCAGAGGAAAUGCACAAUGUCUUUGCGGUAUGAUAAAUACUUCUCGCACGCACAGUACUAUGACCAAAAUAAAUCACAGAUGUUGGGAAGUUAUUAACCUCUCUGACAGAGUAAGCACUGAAUGCAGUAAUUACAAAAUGAAUCAGUGUGAGUGAAUUUUAUGGUGCUUCCUAUGUUCUUUGAUACCAAAAACAACUUGUCUUUUACAUAUAUAUCCAGUGUAAUUAGGUAGACAAUUAUACCAGUAAUUCAAGUUGGUAUGUUGUGUUUUUAUAAGGAUUGCCAUGUUCUUUUGCACAUACUUGGAUUAGUAUUUAGUACAUAACACGUUGCCAUGUGGCAUCUGAGGAAAUUGGCAUUAAUGAGAAAUCAGUGCCAAGUCCUACGUAUUCGGUUUGUGUCCUUUAAGUUCUCAUUCUCAGAGUUUAGAAAUCACUCCUAAAUCUAGAAUCCUUUAUGUAACUGAAACUGGUGCUUAAUGUAUUUGAGUUAUUGUUCAGUGACUUUUUUUUUAAUAGUAUGAACUUUGAAACUUUUAAUAUACUCUAAUUUUGUAUUUUUAAUUGUUACAGAUGUUCAGGUUUCAGGUGUGUUUUUAACUUGGGUGCAGGACUGUGGCCAUAUUCUCUCAUCUUCCUCGUCACAGUUAUUCUCAGUUAUUCAGGUGACAUAUGACUGCAGACGUGUCCUCAAUUUGUCUCCCCAUUAAAAUGCACUUUAAUCAGG